UAAAGGCGGCGCGCAGCCAGGCGCCCGCAGGGACGGUAAACGGCGGCGGCGCGAUGCUCACCGACAGUUUGGUGGAGGAGUUCGAGAUCCGCGAGGAUGAGCCGUGGUACGACCAGCAGGACCUGCAGCAAGAUCUUCAUCUUGCUGCUGAACUGGGGAAGACCCUUUUGGACCGAAACACGGAACUGGAGUCCUCUCUGCAGCAGAUGUAUUCCACCAACCAGGAACAACUGCAGGAAAUAGAGUAUCUUACCAAGCAGGUGGAUCUUCUGCGUCAAAUGAACGAUCAGCACGCCAAAGUCUACGAGCAACUGGACGUCACGGCGAGAGAGCUAGAAGAUGCGAAUCAAAAACUGGUCAUUGACAGCAGGGCCUCCCAGCAAAAGAUAGGAAGUCUCACGGAGACCAUUGAGAACCUCCAGACUCACAUUGAUGAACUUCAGAGGCAGGUGGAAGAGCUGAAGACCUCUGGGCAAAGCCACGUAAACUACGAGCAGCCCAAAUCGGUCCAGAGUUUCCCAUGCCUGAAAGAACUGUACGAUCUCCGCAAGUAUUUUGUCUACGAUCACAUAUUUGCAGAAAAGAUUAUAUCAAUGGAUAGUCAACUAAGUCCCGUAGAAGAGGAAAACCAGAAUUUGAAGAAGGCCGUAACUCUCCUGCAAACUCAGCUCAACGUGGAGAAAGAAAAGAGAUUGUCUAUGGAGGAAGAGUACGGUUUUCUGCUGAAGGAAAACACAGAUCUUGAGCAACAGCUGGUGGACAUCCAUAUGUACCAGGCGAGAGCGGAGGAACUGGAGACGGAAGUGGCCGAAAUGAAGCAGCUCUUUCAUUCUGGAAGCCCCUGUCCGAAUAGAAUGGAGCAACUGCCCCCGGAAUCUUUUUUCAUUUCCCUCAAAGAACCCUUAGAAAAAGAACUCAACCAUGGUCCUUGGGACGGGACGUCCUUCAUCCUUCCUGACCUUGAGAAGAGGUCCCUCAAAAGAAGCAGCAGCGAGAGCUUCCUUAGCAGCACGGCGGGCGAGGACCUCCUCUUCAGAGGCCACGAAGAGACCUGCAUCAGGAGGGCAGAAGCGGUCAAGCAACGGGGCGUUUCUCUACUCAACGAGGUCGACGCCCAAUACAACGCCUUGAAGGUCAAGUAUGAAGAGCUUCUGCAGAAGUGUCAAAGGGACAAAGAAUUGCUGGACCACAAGGCUGUGCAGACUUCCAGACAGCGUCCCAAAGAUGUCCAUGGUGGGAGCGUACCCCUCAAUGGGGGUCUUAGGGAACCCGGUGCCCUGGCUGCUGAUUCAGCCAACUUCUCUUCCAACGUGUCUCCAGAAUAUAAACUUCUCUUCAAGGAGAUCUUUAGUCGUAUUGAAGAAACUAAAAAGGAAAUUGAUGAACAUCGGGCAAAAUAUAAGUCUUUCUCUUCUCAAUAUCCUUAAAAAGUACAGCGGGGAAUCGAAAUAAUAUUUCCCCCCCCCCCCCCCCCAUGAUGUCGUCCUUUUAAUGUUUCUUAGGGAACAAGAUGUAGUUUGGCUCAGGAUUGGCAGAUUUUCUGUAAAAUGGGUUGUGGGUUGGAUCCAUUUGGUUCGUUCUACUGAGUUGGAAUCUGGUUGAUUCCCUCUCGCCCUGAGCCAAGUUCCCUCUGGAGGGAGAAUCUCUCACAACCAGUUUAUAAAUUAAUUUUGUUACGCAACUCAACAAUUCUAGUUCUGCUGGGGGGAAAAAAAAACCUGAAGUGUUAUAGAAAUGAGAACCGCACAGGUUGCAUAUGCACAAUAACAACUCUUCUGGACUUAAGCUACUUCCUGGGGUUGAAAACCAAAAUAUAGGUGAUUUUUUUGGUAGUGUGCCAUUGUCACAUACAAUUGCAAUAUAUAUGAGUGUAUAAUUUGGCUAAUAAAACUCCUGGUGCGUCAACCAUUAGAAGACUGAAUAUUACAAAACAGCCUCCACAUAAAAAGUAAACUUAUUAGCAAAGAAGCAAAAUAAAAACAACAGAACCUCCAAUUUCACUUUAACUUAAAUCCAUCCAGUGUGUCUUCAAGGAUUUGAUUUUCUGGAAAUGGUCUACCACACAUUCAACUGGAAGCCACAUUGGUAAGAAUUUAGAUCAGCUUAAGCCCCAAAGUCACCUAUUAUCAUAUCAGCAAAUACGCUGUAUGUAGAACGGGCCAAAUAUAUGCUGUGAUAAUAUUUCAUCCUUUUAAACAAACCUCCUGCAGAAACUCACAUUUCUUGCAAGGUCCAAUUACUCUGUAGUUUUGGAACAAGCAUUUACUAUUUUUGUCAGAAGAAACUCCUGGGAACGCAAGUGGAGAAUUUAAAGCCUCCCUUCCCUUAGUUCUGA